CGGUCGUAGUAUCUCCUUGUCCUAGUGCGGAAGCCUUUUCCGCAAGUUACGGAGCAAGAGGACCAUUGGGACCAUUCCGACACGGCGCAAAUGUCGUCUUUGACCAUGGAUCCAUCCCUAUUGAUUAACAAGUGCAGGCACCUUUAUUGAAGAGAUACACGACAAGGUUCAUCAGUUUCUCGUCGAGCCUCGUCCCGGUUUCUGUUUGGUGUUGGAGGAAACACUUGAAUAUUCUGGAUAAAAAGAUUCAGUGGCGAACGUUGUGAAAGAGAAGCCGUCAUGGCCCAAGUCGAGGAUCAUGUUGCACGCAAUCUCAGCCAGUUGCCCGACUUCGGAGUUGAGCUAUCUUCCAUGGAAUUUACUAGCUGGCUGGACUGGAUGGUGAAAAUUCGAGACCCUCGAGAUUGCUGGAAGUCGCAGCCGACGUAUCUUAUCUCGGAGCUGACCUAUUUGACCAUCGGACUGCUCACUUUCAUCCACUCUAGGCGAGUGGGUGGUCGUUUUAAGUAUUUAUGGCUGGCAACUAUUUUUCACGGACUGACCGUAGAAUGCGCCGCUUAUUGGCUACCGGAUAUCGACAACUUUUGGCACUCUCAGACGACCAUCGUUCUGCUAGGCAGGCGACUGCCGAUUCACAUUAUGAUGCUUUAUCCCGCGUUUAUCUACAACGCUUCGGUGGCCAUAUCGCGCCUCCGACUACCUAACUGGGCUGAACCAUUUGCAGUUGGAAUUUGCGUGGUCUUAAUCGACAUCCCUUAUGACAUUACGGCAGUGAAAUUCCUUCAUUGGACAUGGCACGACACGGAUCCGAAUAUUUUUGACCGACAUUACUGGGUGCCUUGGAAUUCAUUUUACUUUCACGCCACUUUCGCGGCUUCUUUUACCUUUUGGUUUCAUUGCUGGAGACGUUUGAUCAUUGGAAAGUCCGCUGACAAAUGGGUGGCUGGAGAUGCCAAACGCGAGAUGCUGUGCGCCGUAUUAACCGGUCUUUGUGGAAUGCCCGGUGGCGUCCUUCAAUUCAUCCCGUUCUAUCACCCUCUCCAUGAUAUUCUUGGUGUUCACACGGAAAACUGUGUCGCCCUCUUGGCAUUGACGUUUUUCCUGAUUGCGUGGUCGGCAGAUCGUAACCCCGCUCCUGAUGCUAGAAAAAGUCCAGGUUUGAAAGGCUUCAACGAAUGCGUCUUGAGUUUGAUUCUUCACUACAGCUGCUAUUUAAGCACCGUACUCUUAUUUAAACCCGAAGACGAAGUAUCCAUUGGCGUUCACGAAAAGACUGGCCCAUGCAAUGAAACUUCUCCCAUUCAAACAGCUUUCGGAAUGACUUUGAAAAAACGCAAAUUUCUCUGCACUUCCGACUAUGACGAGGGUUACUUCGAUUUUCACUGCCUACCUGGCGGUAAGUCUCCUUCCGAUGGCAUGGAGUUCUACACCGCUUGCGGCACGCCCUUUCCUAACCGCGCCGAAUACAUAGUCGUCAUCGCUGGCAUUUGCUGGAUUGCUUCCCUCAUUUUUCUUAAUCUCCACUUUCGUUCGGGCUCGGAAGCAGUCUACGGUAAUUCGAAUUCAACCGGAUUAGCCGAGAAAAAGAAGAAGAAGAAGUAGGAAAAAUUUAGACUGCUAACACUGCCAUUCCUUUAUUUUACGGUGUACUAUGAAUGAAUGAUACGUGAGGAGAAUCUUUCAUGGAAGUAAUAUACAAUUUAAGGUUCAA